GACUUAUAUAUAACAGCCAAUUAAAUAAUAUGUAAGCACUAGACCGUUAUUGUGGUUAAAACUUGCAAACUAUUUUUUGGAUUCUCCGUAGAAUAUCUAUUAUUGUUGACAAAAACGGGUGUUUUACACCAUUUUGAUUUGCGCCUCAGAUGGAAAGUGAGGUGCAAUAUUACCCGAGACAUUAAUUUGAGUCUAUAAAAGGAGAGCUCUCCUCCUCAUUUUAACUCAAUACCAAAUCCCAACUCUACCUUGUUCUCUGUACAAUUAAGGUGACUAUUUAUAAACCAAGCAACCCAGCUAGAGAUAGCUUUAGUUAAUUGGUGCAGAGCAGAGAAUACACAUAUACAUACAUAUAUCAAUGGAAGUAGCUCUGGUGCUUCACAUGAACAAGGGGUCUGGUGAAUCUAGUUAUGCUAAAAAUUCUACACUUCAGAGCAAAAUAAUGUGCCUAGGAAAGGCAGCGAUGGAGGAAGGCAUACUAAAGAUUCUGAAGAAAAGUAGUAUUAUUCCUGAAAGUAUGGGAAUAGCAGACUUGGGUUGCUCGACGGGGCCGAACUCUUUGGCUGCAAUGACGGAGAUAGUGAAGGUAAUAGAGGGCAGAUGCUGCAGCCUAGGUCGGCCCUCCCCUGAGUUAAGAUUGUUCUUAAAUGAUCUCUUUGACAAUGACUUCAAUAACAUUUUUGCAACUUUGCCAACUUUUUACAACCGAAUCAGACAGCACAACAAGGCUCCCUGCUAUAUCUCCGCCGUCCCUGGUUCUUUUUACGGUAGAUUGUUCCCAACAAAUUCCCUCCAUUUCGUUCACUCUUCUUCCAGUCUUCACUGGCUUUCUCAGGUUCCUAAGGGCCUGCAAAGCGAGGAGAGAAGAAUGCUUAUAAACAAGGGAAAGAUCUACUUAUCAAAGAGUAGCCCACAGUGUAUUGUUAACGCAUAUUUGGAGCAGUUUCAGAACGACUUUUCUCUGUUUCUGAGUUCACGUGCUGAGGAAUUGGUGAGCGGAGGUCGAAUGGUUCUGUCAUUUAUGGGCCGUACUUCAUCCGACCCCACCGCCGACGAGAGCUGCUAUUAUCAAUGGGAGUUCUUAGGAACUGCUUUGAUGGCCAUGGUUUCUGAGGGUCUAAUAGAGGAGGAAAAGGUUGAUAGCUUCAAUGCACCGUAUUACGCACCAUGUCCUGAUGAGUUAAGGAAUGUGAUAGAAAAAGAAGGGUCGUUCAUUUUGGACGAUGUGGAAGCAUUCCCGAUGGAAUGGGAUGGCGGUGCGGUAGAUCAUCAGCAAUACACCACGGUUGCCGAGCUAUCUAGGGCGAGAGGGCAACGAGUGACCAAGACCAUUAGAGCUGUGGUUGAAUCGAUGCUGGAGGCCCAUUUUGGUACUCAUAUAAUGGACGAUUUGUUUAAAAGAUACCAAGACAUCGUUGCUGAUUAUUUAUCAAACGCUUCAACCAAGUAUAUCAAUUUGGUCAUCUCCCUUAGAAAAAAGGAAACUAGAGGAAUUAUGCCUGAAGUGAUCGGAUAUUUGAAAAAUAUUUUAACAUUAGAGAACUAUGCUUUUCGAAAAUAAAAUUAAAAAAAAUAAAUAAACUAUAUAAAAGUUAAAAGUUAAAAAUGCAUAAUUUCUCUUUAUUUCUCCAUCGUUUCUCUUUUAUAUCUCCCAAUAAAAAGCUCAAAUGUGAGUUAAAAAUAUUUAUGGUUAUCUAUGUAAAAUAUAUAUGACAAUAAAUUAGUUGGCUUUGAGUGAAUUUUAAUAUUUCAUAUGUGUGCUUUGUUGAAAUUAUUUGAUAGAAUCUUGAGGUAAUUGGAUUGUCGGACACAAACUAUCAAUU